UUCUCAAUGGGGAACAGGCCUACAAAAGUUUAGGGAGGGAAACUUUGUGCUGGUAUCCACCCCGAGAUUGAUAUUGAUUGCGAGCACGCGGGACUGGUGUCGGACAGUUAGAGGCGAAACGUACGUCGAGAGAGAACAGGAGGGCAAUCGCUAAGUAAAAUAAAAGAGAAAUGCCUCCCGGGUGCGAAGAGAUCGAGAUUCGUGAUAUGUUGGAAAAAAACGACCUCAUCGAACAAGCCGUCCCGAAGAAAUCGUCAAAGCUCUCCGCGCUAUGCGGUCACCGCACAAUGGUGAGCAAACUCUGGUGCCAAGAGAUUGGCCGCAGGUGGAGACAGGCGGCUAAACAGAAGCCACCGCAGGCGCAUGUGCUGUCCGAACCCAAGUGCCAAUCGUAUGUGUCCAUCUGGUAUCUGUACUACCGUUGGAUCAUCUUCCUCAUCUGGGCCGCUUUUGUCGUAUGUUCGCUGUUUGAAUUUGGCAGUUACAAACCACUAAUGCAGUAUGAGAAAUGGCCAAUCUAUCUGACCAACUGGGACAUGGCUCUGGGCUUUAUACAAGCGCUGAUUGGCAGUAUCCUCGUAUCGAAGCGAUGGCGAUUGCAGAAGACAUCCGGCUUUGAUCCUUGCAGUCUCAAAUUGGAGUCCACUGAGCGACUGUACUGGUUUCUGUAUGUCGUCACUACCAACAUGGCAAUUGGCGUGACGGUGUCCUACUGGCUCGCCGUAUAUAAUCCAGCGAUCCAUCAGGUGGACCCGCUCAACAUCAUGAUGCACGUGUGUAACAGCGUGUUGAUGCUGAUUGAUCUAUUUGUCACCAACAUACCGUUCCGCCUGCGGAACUUCUGGUGGUGCCUAUCGAUCGUUAUGUUCUACGUAAUUUUCUCAGUGAUUUACUAUGUUGCUGGCGGCCUUGACAAGCAUGGUUAUCACUACAUCUACAAAAUCCUUGAUUGGAAGAAACCAGUGCGGACGUCACUCGUUUGUAUCGGCGGUUUCACGUUCGUGACAGUGCUGCAUUGCAUCACUUGUUUGUUGGCGAACAUCAGAGACCGGAUCUAUCGUAAGAUAGAUACUGAGAAAUUCAACAAACCUGUGCACAUAGAUAUGACGAAUGACAAACCACUUCCGGAAAAACCAACGGAAGUAGUUUAAUAAAUAAAUUAAAAAUUUAUUUAGAAAUAUUUGUUAAUAUCUCCUCAGCAUAUAAGGUCCCAAAGCAUGGAACCGAAUUUCAUAUUCGAUAAGUUGAAAUGAAACGUGUUU